CGCGGGCCGGGGCGCCGCGGCGGCUUGGAACGGCCGGCGGCCCGCUGGCGCCGGGGGCCGGGGCGGGGGCCUGCGCUGGGGGCCGACAGCGACAAAUGAGAGUUAAAAAUAUGUAUCAAAGAGUGCAGGGAAUGGCUCACACAAAUGACAUGAGAGCUGGAGAAAAUGGCCAGUAGUUGGAGAAUUAAAGGCUCCGUGCAAUUCAGUCUAGCAAAAAUGAUACGGGGCAGGGAGGGUGCAGAUGGUGAUAAUUUCGGUAUGUAGCGGUGCUUGUAGGGUAUGCAUCUGUCCUUAAAGUCUGAUUACGAAUACCAAGGUGCAAAGGAAGGUUAACAGAAAAAUAUGAGCUGAAAGGUAAAGACAGGUUUUACAUACAAAAUGAGCACCUUUAUGAGCAAUGAGAAGGAUCUGCCCAGGAUGGUAGGCAUUUUUCCCAUCUACUGUCUUUAAAAUAAACCGAGUACCUUUCUGAAUGACUUACAGAUGUUAACUGCAAAAUACAGGAUUCAUGAGCAAUCAUUUACUAUUUUGUCACUAGUAUUAAUGGAUGAGUAAGACAUUUAAAUCUUAAAACAAUGGAAACUCACGCUUUUGAAAUCCACCCUGCGAUUUCUCUCACUUUACAGCAGCGAACUUUUCAAUGUGGUCAAGUCUUCAAGCACUGAGUUGAAUGUGCACUUGAUAGUUGUUUUGUAAUGUGUGUUAUGCUGUGAUCAUGGUGACCGAAGACCAUGGGCACUGUGUCAUGCCUUUAGCAAACAACUUUGCCAAUGAAAAAGAUGUUUCUGUUGGCCUGUUACCUGUAACCAGGAGGUCAGGACCAAUCAACACAAGAAAACUUCUCUAUGUAAGGAUGUGGUUAAGUUGGACUUUAGGUAAAAAACAUCGUUAUGAGACUGUGCUCUUUAAGGUAGGAGAGAAGUUUUCAGAGGUGGUAAGGAUUUUCUUGUAACAAUGUAAUGUCAAAUUAUAUAAUUUUAUAAAGAUAAUAUUUCUAUUUUUCAGAUAAACUGAUUUGUUAUUAAAAUGGCUCAAAAUAAAGCAUUGAAACUGCAUGGUUAUUACAACAGACCUAUUGCAGGUGGCAGUUUUCAAGUGAAGUAUGUAACCGUUCAGGGGUUUUUACUAGAACGAUGCAUUGCACUAGUGUUUUAAUACACUCUGGUUUUGAAAAUUCUGAUGAAGUUUAGUUACUCUUAAAAGUAGUGGAUCUUCUUCAGGGAAAGUGCAAAACUAGUUAUCUAAUACUGUCUAUAAGUUUACGUGGUGCAUUAUUGACCCAAAUCCACUGCUGAGCUAGUUUGAGAAACUUACAGCUUUUUUCAUUGUGCAGUUCAGCAACAGAAGUUUUAUAAUCCAGGCAAUGAGGAUCUCCACAGGCCAGGCAAACUUGUGUUUGCUGAAUCUUUUCUUCUAUUCAACAAAUUUGAUACAUAUGUUACAUAUGUUUUGUAUGUAAAAUAAGUUGUUAAUGCAAGGUAUUUUGUGACCGCAGAAGCUUCAUCUUUGUAAUUUUUUUCUGUUUUACAAGUAACAGAAGACAUAACUUCUUAUUGUAAUCAAUCUGUAGUAAUUCUGACAGCAGACGAGAACAAUUCCUUUCAAACAAAUCCCUUUGCAUUAGAAAAUACUUUCUGAAGAGUAUGCCUAUGCUGGUUAUGUUCACACAUCUGUGCAUAUCUGUGUGCCUGCCUGCCUUACAUAUGAGAAGUGUAGCACCACUGCCGUUGGCAGCCAUUGCAGAAACCAUUUUCUAACACUGCUGCUGUUGGACUCCUCUCAGCUUGUACCAUGAAGCCAGGCAGACCAAAAUGCCAGGGUAUGUUUACAGAAGAGGCAAGACAGCUGUGAUUCAAAACUGAAAACAGAAAAAUGAAAAUAAGAUAGAAAAUACCAAUACAGAAGUACUACUUAAAUGUCUUCAAUGGAAUUUUCUUGGCUCUGUGUCUUAUGCUUUAGACAUUUGGUCUGUGGCUUUUAUUUGACAGAAGCAAUUUAUUGAGUGUGUUAUUUUCUUCAGGUGAGAACCAGCUAGUGGCAUAUAUUUCUUGUCUGUUAGUUGGAAUUGGAUCUGUUAUUACUUUUACAUGCUUGAGAUUCCUUGGAAGUGUUGUGGAAAUCAAAUGUCUACUAGUUAGAUAUAUGAGUUUUCAAAUCCUGGUGUUUGUUACCCAGAUGGCAAUACUGGUGUUGAUACUCCUGAAGAAAGAAGAGAUAUACAAUCAAUGGAACAAAAGAAUUGAUUAAGUUAUUUCUGAAUAUGGGAAUGAGAAUCUGGCUGAGCAGGUACCUCUGCGGAACAUUCUGAAUGCUGUGCAGCACAAUAUGGAAUGCUGUGGAAGAUACAAUGUCACACAGUGGGAAAGGAACAAAACCAAGGAAAAUAGUACUCAGAUCCCAUGUUCAUGCACAAAAUCCAGUCUGAAGAAAUGGUUUUGUGAUGUCCCAAGUGAUUCAACAUGCAGUAUCGGAUGUGAAGAAUAUUUAAAUAUGUGUUUUGAAAACAAUGUUUUGAUCUUAACUGCGAUUACUAUCAGCCUGCUGAUUAGCCAGGUAAGAAUAGUUUUAAGCAAAACCCCACAAAAUACUAAUAUUCUGCUGGGGAUAUUUUUGAUCUCACUAAUUAACUGGUCAGCUAUUCAGAAACAUCAGAAAGAAUAA